CAAACAUACAAGAACAUGUACGGUUCAUCCGCUGUCCAGAAAGCGAAACGUCGCACGCACUCCAGGCCAGAACUCACCGACGAGCAGAAGCAGGAGAUCAAAGAAGCUUUCGAGCUUUUCGACACGGACAAGGACGGCUGUGUCGACUACCAUGAGCUCAAGGUCGCGAUGCGUGCACUCGGAUUCGACAUGAAGAAAGCGGAGGUGCUCAAGAUUCUCAGAGAUCACGACAAGACAGGACACGGAUUGAUGGACUUUGAGGACUUUGCGAAAAUCAUGAGCGAACGGAUACUUGCGCGAGAUCCUAUGGAAGAGAUUCGACGCGCGUUCCAACUCUUCGACGAUGACAACACUGGCAAAAUCAGCCUGCGCAACUUGCGCCGUGUGGCCAAGGAGAUCGGGGACAGGCUGGAGGACGACGAACUACAAGCUAUGAUUGAUGAGUUCGACCUCGACCAAGAUGGGGAGAUCAACGAGCAAGAGUUUUUCGCAAUCAUGACAGACGACGCGUAGCGUGUUUAAACCACACGAGACUCCGUCGUUCAGCUUCCUACCCUUGCCCUGUGGGCUCUCAUCUUAAUUUUAUUGCUUGCAUGCUCCAGUUGCAGCCGCCCUUGUGAUGUACUGUAUCUGUGAGGUGUCAGAGCUUUUGUCGACUAUGCUGUACUCAUCGUAGGCUGCGGCAGUGCAUCCUACCCAUACCAUCGCUGUAUUCAUAUGAUUUUGUAAUCCCGUCUCGCAUACAAAAUAACCACUGGCGCAAUACCAUAGAUGACCUGGUACUGUCA